AUGAACUAAGAUAAUGGAUUAGCUAUUAAUAGCGAUGAAGAUAAUAUUUUGAAAGCGUUUGAGUAAGGGGCACAUGAUAUUAUUAACCAAAAAAGAGAUCCCAAGGAUUUUAUAGUAUUUGGUGCACCUGAUUAAAAUGAUUAAAAAGAUUUUUCAAAUUAAGAAGUUAGUUAACAAAAAAAUAAGUAAACUUAAUAAAAUAUUGUUAUAGGAUUUGAAGAAGAUGACGAUGAUUUUACAGGUAACUAAGCUCAUUAUAAUCACAAUAUAAAAAACACAUAGAAUCAAUAAAAUAAUUAUAGUUCAAAUAUAAAUGAUGCUUAAAAUAAUAUUGAAGAAGAUGAUUUUGAUGAUGGCAAUAAAGAUUAAUUUAAAAUUGAUGUCAAUAAUUAAAUGGAUAAUUAGAUGUUUAUAAAUAGAAAUGAGUUAGAAGCUGCUGAUUAAAAUACUAAUGGAUAAGUAGUUAGUAGGCCUGCAGGUAUAUAUUUAGAAAAAGACGAUGAUUUAGAAAAAUUAAAAGAAUUAUAUGAAGGUUAAGAAAAAUAAAAAGUAGAAGCAACUAACAAACAAUUUUCGCUAAAUAGACAAGCUCAAGAAAAGAAAAAGAAAUAAUUUUAAGAUUAAAAAAAGCAGAAAGAAGAUAAAGAUAAUUAAAAUGUAGCUAAGCUCACUAAUAAUGACUUCAAAUUUGACAAAUCAAAUAAAAUAAAAAAUAUUAUAAAUGACGAAGAGGAGUUAGGGGAGAUAGGAGAAUGGAUUGAAAAGACUGCAAAUGUAAAUAAAAAGAAAAAAGACGAUGGCUUCGACGACGAUGAUGAUGAAGACGAUGCCUAGAAAUCAAAUAACGAUGAUGAAGAUUUUAACUUUGAUGAUAUAGUAGAUAAUAAUAAAAACAACACUAAACAGAAAGGAUAGUAACCAAACCAGGAGAAAAUAAAUUUGAAUAAUAUAAUUGCUGAAGAUGAGGAAGAUGAAUAAAACUGGGAAAAUCAAGAAUAAGGCAAUAACUAAAACGUAAACAAUAUAAUAUCUUAGGAGGUUUAGCAGUAGAAGAAAAAGGAAGAGUAAGAAAUGCUAAAAUAGAAAUAAGAUUUAAUAAAUAAAAAAUUACAAUAAUAGUAAAUACUUAAGCACAAAAGUGGUCCCAUAGCCAAUAGAUUGCAAGACAAAGCUAAAUUUAUGGAACUUACUAACAAUAACAAAGAGUAAGAAAACGUUUAAGUUCUAAAACAGCAAACUUCUGAUUAAUAAAUAAAGAACGGCUAAAGUAAUAAUGUAAUAUAAAUUGAAGAAGAGGUUAAAUAAGAAAUAAAAAAUGAAGAAUAAGAUGAUGGAGAUGAAGUAGAUUGGGAUUAAAUAAAUUAGCAAGCCAUGAAGUAAUAUUAAGUCCAAAUCAAACAAAAUAUUUCUCAACAGGAUAAGCUUAUCAAUUUCAUUGAUGCCUGGUCUGAUUUCAAAAAAUAAAAUUUAUCUGAAUAUAAAAAAUAAAUAGUUACAAGCACUUAAGAUAAGAAGUCUUUUUCAGUUUUCGAAUUUUUAAAUAGUUUUUGUGGAGUUAUUAAUCCUAAUAUAAGUUCUGUAGAGCUUUUAAAUGAAAGAGAUUAGAUAUUUGCACUGGCAAAAUUGUAAUUUGAUGAUGAGCAGCCACUUCACUUUUAAAUACUUUACUCUAUCUUUUGCAAUCUAACAAAUAAUUAUAACUGCCCAAGGAUAGGUUCGCAUUGGGAGUAGAUUGGUUUCUAGGGUAAAAAUCCUGGUACAGAUCUAAGAGGUGCUGGUAUGCUUGGAUUACUAUAGAUUCUAGCUUUUGUCUCUCACUAUAAAGAUUAUAUAAUUGAUGUACUAAAAUACUCUCACGAUCCUAUUCAUAACUUUCCUCUAAGUAUCACCUUAAUCAACGUAACAGAUAUUGUAUUAUAGGCUUGUAGAGAAUAAAAACUAAAUAGUCUUAUAAAUAAAGAAAAAAGUGUAAUCAGUGUGUUCAAUAAUUUUUACUUUGCUACAUUUUACUUUCUUUUCAGUUAGUAUAAAGCUAAGUAAUACACUGUUAAUAGAUUUGAUGAAUUAAAGAAAAAUAUAGAGGUAGCUGUCAAACACAACCCUAAAAAAACAUUAGAAGAUUUCAAAUAAGCAAUCUAAUAAUAUUAUAAGCUACGUGAAUGA